CCAAGUAACGAGAGGCAAAGCGAAAAAAACGAAACCCUCAACGAGAGAGAUGUUCAAACUAUCGAUGCUCCUGGGCCUGGCCCUCAUCCUGGCACCAUCGGUGAUCCAGGCCAAGUCCCUGUGCGGCCGGAGCGGCUACUUCGCCAUAGUGGACAACACGCCGGACUUCUAUGCCUGCCAGGCCACCGGUUUCGGUGGCUUCUCCAUGCGCUUCCUGCGCUGCCCCGCCGGUCUGGUCUUCAGCUCCGCGUCGGCCCAGUGCAUCGCCAGCCCGAUUUCCACAUUUGAGGCCCGCGACGAUAGCAACAUCGAGAGCCCCACCAUUCCACCCACCACUGAGGCUCCUGUAACCAAGGAGAAUACCGCAACCAAACAACCCGCAAACAGUGAAACCGCCACCAAUGAACCCGCAACCAAUGAACCCGCAACCAAUGAACCCGCAACAAAUGAACCCGCAACAAAUGAACCCGCAACAAAUGAACCCGCAACCAAUGAACCCGCAACCAAUGAACCCGCAACCAAAGAACCCGCAACCAAUGAACCCGCAACCAAUGAACCCGCAACCAAGGAACCCGCAACCAAUGAACCCGCAACCAAUGAACCCGUCACCAAUGAACCCGUCACCAAUGAACCCGCAACCAAUGAACCCGCAACCAAUGAACCCGCAACAAAUGAACCCGCAACAAAUGAACCCGCAACAAAUGAACCCGCAACCAAUGAACCCGCAACCAAUGAACCCGCAACCAAAGAACCCGCAACCAAUGAACCCGCAACCAAUGAACCCGCAACCAAUGAACCCGCAACCAAUGAACCCGUCACCAAUGAACCCGUCACCAAUGAACCCGCAACCAAAGAACCCGCAACCAAUGAACCCGCAACCAAUGAACCCGUCACCAAUGAACCCGCAACCAAUGAACCCGCAACAAAUGAACCCGCAACCAAUGAACCCGCAACCAAUGAACCCGCAACCAAUGAACCCGUCACCAAUGAACCCGUCACCAAUGAACCCGCAACCAAAGAACCCGCAACCAAUGAACCCGCAACCAAUGAACCCGUCACCAAUGAACCCGCAACCAAUGAACCCGCAACUGGUGACAACACAACGGAUGUGCCAGAUACCGGAUCCACCGAGGUGACCAACACCUCCGACGAGUAUUCGGAAACCACUGUGGAAAGUUAUCCUUGCCCCACCAUUGGAUUCUAUCCGUCAAGCAACAGCUGCUCCAGCUACAUCCUCUGCUUUUACAACGAUGAGAAUAAGCUGCAGUCACAUGUCCUUCAGUGUCCUGCAGACAUGGAAUUCGAUCCGUUCAAUAGCUUCUGUUCAGCCCAUUACGAAUGCAAUGCCUAAGCAUAAGGAUGUCCAUGGCAGGCGAGGAUAAAGUGGCUAGAAAGGGAUGGGAAGCAAUAAAACCUGCCACUUUUAUUUACUUCAUAGUUUCCGCAUUUUUUUUUGUAUUUGUGAUUACUUUUUUUUGUUGUUCUGAAGUGAAUAAAUUCUAGUUUAAUUAUUA